CCAAUUACAAACCCAAACCCAUCCGACCGCCAAGAACAAACUACUCAAACGGGUAGCCUCCACAAGCCGUGGGCGGAGUCAGAGAUGGCACUUCAGCUUCUCAAGUUCCCAAAUCACAUCAUCAUCUCCCGCCGUUUCUGCAGAACUUCAAGCUUCUUCCUUUUAUCCCAGUCCAACUCACAUCAUAAGCUCCCUGCAAGAUGGGUCGGAGUGCCAAUACAUAGAAGCUUUGCUGCUGAGGUUCAACCAGCAAAGAAGAAGAGGAGGCUAGAUGAGGUAUGCCUGGAAAGGUAUCAGCAAUAUAGCCGAACCUUCAUACAAUCAUGGAUCAUACAAGGGAAAGUACUUGUAAAUGGAAAGGUGGUUAACAAAGCGGGGACUCCAGUCUCUGACAAAGCUGUUGUACAGAUAAUGGCUGAAGUCCCAAAAUAUGUAUGUAGAGCAGGACACAAGUUAGAAGCUGCCAUUGAACAGCUACGUAUUGAUGUUUCUGGCAAAAUAGCUCUUGAUUCAGGGUUGUCAACUGGUGGAUUUACUGACUGUUUACUUCAGUAUGGUGCAUCAUUUGUUUAUGGAGUUGAUGUAGGUUAUGGGCAGGUGGCAGAAAAAAUUCGAACGGAUGAACGUGUUAGUGUGAUAGAACGAACAAAUUUAAGACACCUUCCUGGACUCCCUCAAAGAGUUGAUUUGGUGACUUUGGACCUCUCGUUCAUCUCUAUUCUAUUGGUCAUGCCUGCUGUAAUCAAGGUAAUGAAGGAAGAGUCGUCAUUAGUCACCCUGGUCAAACCUCAAUUUGAAGCUCGCAGAUCACAAGUAGGAAGUGGUGGGAUUGUGCGAGAUCCAUUAGUCCAUCAAGAAGUUCUUGAGAGGAUUAUCAAGGGUGUAGAGAAUUUCGGAUUUACCAGCAAAGGAUGGAUUGAGUCUCCUCUUAAGGGUGCUGAGGGAAAUACAGAGUUUCUUGUUCACUUUACUCGGACAGCUAAGAAAAGUGAGGAUGAACUUAAAAUGCUAAAUACGACGGAAUCUGUUCAAUUACCCUGAAUACAAACCUGCCAUUGAAGAGUACCAUGAAAUGGAAGAUGGGGCGGCAUACCAAUGACAAUUAAAUUGAGUUAUAGCGUUGAGUUACAGCCUGGGGUCUAGAUGUUACUUGAAAUUCAUGAAUUAGCUUAUUUGAAAAGGCUUUUCUGUAAUUGUAAGGAUGAACAAGUACAUAAUUUGAUCCUGAAUUUUUCCAGUU